AAAUAGCGGCAGUUAAUGUUUUACAUCGGGAUCUUUAAUUAGAAAAGAGGAAAGGAACUUGAGUUCUCUUCUCACAACCAGAAUCUAUGAAGUUGCUGAUAAUCUCUUGAACACUUCAUUACAUUAGGCAAGCAGCUUUUGAGAUAACGGCUCGGUACUGCUCAAAGGAGAUGGAGGCAUAUGGGGAGUGUGUCUCAUUGAACCCAUCCACAUGGCAAAAGGACUGUGAUCAACUUAAAACCGCAGUUGCCCAGUGCACAUCGUCACACCCAGUUAUUCAAAGGAUCCGUGCGGAAUGUGCCGAGCCUUUCAUGACUUUCGAGCAAUGUCUGAGGCAGAACCAGUCAUCCGUAAUGAACUGCGCAGACCAUGUCAACAAGUUCCUGGCCUGUGCGGAGAAAGUCAAAGCACUAAACCCAGGUGAUACUGCAAUAGGCUUAUAAUGGCUUGAUGGGCUUGGGAUCAUCACUGCCACAGAUUCCACACCGCGGAAGCUGCUUUAAUGAAGAAUCUACCCAAGGAAGGUGAUGUGUGACUAAGAAUGACCAGCUAUCAAUAAGGGAAUGUAUCAAAAUGAAGUG